UGGUGAGUUAUUUUAAUCUAUUCAACCUGCAAAAGAGAAAAGGGACGGGGUUGUAUCUCGAUUUUUAUUUCCUUCCAGGGACAAAAGAGGUAGCCCCAGGAAUCCGCGGCUUGUAAAACGCGCCGCGGAAAAGGCACAGUUGACUAGCUGUGACUUAACCCCUUCCGUUCCGCGGGCCUGGACUGGCUUUUAAGGACGUCCUCCUCAACUCCUUGUCGACUCGCCCCAGUUUAUUCCAGUGGCCAGAUCUCAUCUCUCCCGUUCACCCUUCAAUUCUACUGUACCCUCUGGAGUUCCUAAGGGUGUCAAUGGGCAGACUUCCGCGGCGGACCCUGGGCCCGGCCUCUCUAACUCGAACAGUCCUCCUUAAGGAGCUUCUGCGGACGAGAGUAGAGGCGGGUGUUUUGUUCUUAUAAGGAGGAAAAGUUUCAGUGACAUCCAGGAAAUGAGUAACUCCGACGCUCUUUAGAGCCCGGCUGAUGGAGGCCAGAAGGCGGGAGCCUGCCUGGGUAUCGCCGCCCCCGACCCUCUAAUUGCCCCGCAGUACGCGGCACCUCAUCCGCUGCCAAACUGUGGGCCCAGGCCCUGGGGACCCGCGAGUGCAGCCUGGGCCCACGCGGUCCUCCCCACAACGGGGAGCGGGAACGAAGGCUACAAGAGAGCUCCAGCCAUGGCACUGGGGCUCUUCCGGGUGUGUCUGGUGGUGGUGACAGCCAUCAUCAACCACCCACUGCUGUUCCCACGGGAGAACGCCACGGUCCCCGAGAACGAGGAGGAGAUCAUCCGCAAGAUGCAGGCACAUCAGGAGAAGCUGCAGCUGGAGCAACUACGCCUGGAAGAGGAAGUGGCACAGCUGGCGGCCGAAAAGGAGGCCCUGGAGCGGGUGGCAGAAGAGGGCCAGCAGCAGAAUGAGAACCGCACGGCCUGGGACCUGUGGAGCACUCUCUGCAUGAUCCUCUUCCUGGUGAUCGAGGUGUGGCGGCAGGACCACCAGGACGGGCCAUCGCCCGAGUGCCUGGGUGGUGACGAGGACGAGCUGCCUGGCCUGGCGGGCUCCCCGCUCCGAGGCCUCACCCUGCCCGACAAGGCCACGCUGGACCACUUUUAUGAGCGCUGCAUCCGGGCGGCUACAGCCGACGCUGCCCGCACCCGCGAGUUCGUGGAAGGCUUCGUGGAUGACUUGUUGGAAGCCCUGAGGAGCCUCUGCAGCCGGGACACAGACAUGGAGGUGGAGGACUUCAUUGGCGUGGGCAGCAUGUACGAGAACUGGCAGGUGGACAAGCCACUGCUGUGCCACCUCUUUGUGCCCUUCAUACCUCCUGAGCCCUACCACUUCCACCCAGAGCUCUGGUGCUCCGGCCGCUCAGUGCCCUUGGAUCGCCAGGGCUAUGGCCAGAUCAAGGUGGUCCGGGCUGACGAGGAUACGCGGGGCUGUAUCUGCGGCAAGACCAAACUCGGGGAAGACAUGCUGUGUCUCCUCCACGGCAAGAACAACCUGCUGCGGCCCGGCAGCGAGGUGGAAGACCCAUUGUGUGCCAAAGGUUCCCCAUACCUGAACACAAUGCAGGUCAUGAAGUGGUUCCAGACAGCCCUCACCAGAGCCUGGCACCGCAUCGCCCACAAGUAUGAGUUCGAGCUGGCCUUUGGCCAGCUGGACACCCCAGGGUCCCUCAAGAUCAAGUUCCGCUCGGGGAAGUUCAUGCCCUUCAACCUGAUUCCUGUGAUUCAGUGUGAUGACUUGGACCUAUAUUUUGUCUCCCACCUUCCCAGGGAGCCCUCUGGGGGGACCCCGGUGUCCAGCACUGACUGGCUCCUGUCCUUCGCUGUCUACGAGCGACACUUCCUCAGGACCACAUCAAAGGCACUGCCCGAGGGUGCCUGCCACCUCAGCUGCUUGCAGAUUGCUUCCUUCUUGCUCUCCAAGCAGAGCCGCCUGACCGGCCCCAGUGGGCUGAGCAAUUACCACCUGAAGACGGCCCUGCUGCACCUCCUGCUCGCCCGGCGGGCAGUGGACUGGAAGGCCGGGCUCCUUGAAGCUCGUCUGCAUGAGCUGCUCUGCUUCCUGGAGAAGAGCCUGCUCGAGAAGAAGCUCUAUCACUUCUUCAUCGGCAAUCGCAAGGUUCCUGAGACCAUGGGACUCCCUGAGGCCGUGCGAAGGGCCGAGCCUCUCAACCUCUUCCGGCCCUUCGUCCUGCAGCGAAGCUUCUACCGGAAGACAGUGGACUCCUUCUAUGAGAUGCUCAAGAAUGCCCCAGCACUCAUUAGCGAGUACUCCCUACAUAUCCCCACAGACCAUGCCAGCCUGCCCCAAAAAGCUGUUGUCUCAUAGAGCAGCCAGGACCUCGAGGGCCAAGACACAGGGCAUCCCACCUGUAUACAGUCCUGGGGGCAUCGACAGGCCCUAUCCUAGGAAGAUGGCAGGCUUUGUUGGGAGGCCUGGCGCAGCCUGCCAGGAAAGCCAGGCCCUAUCGUGUGCAGGAAACAGAAUAUCAAGCCAGAAGCUGGUUUGCUUUCAUGCUAUUGGGGCCUGCUGGUGAAGCUAUUUGGGUUUGGGGACUGAUCCUUUGCAGGUUGCUUUUGGAUCAUCACGAAUGGCCAAGAUGAUGAUGGAACACUCUGUAGACACUGAGUUAGAGAGAACGCAACAACAAUUUGGGUGUAAUUCUUUUUACAUCCUAGGUCCAGUCUUUACUUGAAUAUCAACAGGAAUGCUGAUCGACAGGAAUGCUGACAGGGAUCCAUGUUAAGACCCUCACCUCUGUUUCCAGUAACACUUGACCCCGGCGUCUGCAACCAAAGCACUAAUAGGGACAGGUGUGGGAAUUCGCAACCUUCCAUCCACAGCCUGCACAAAAGGGGUCCCACUGUGGCUGCCAUUUUUUAUAUUAUUUGGAGUAAAGAUCUAGUAGAGAUUCAAGGCCCCAAAUGGCUAGUCUCUGUUGCAUAGAGGUGGGUACUUAGGGCAGGGAGUUUUCAGUUGACCACUGUUUCAGCUGCACAUGUCAUUCAAGGUGCAAACCCUUCUCUCUGCCUCUCCCCCAGCACAUCACUGUGGGGGCCACAUACCACGCCAGGUCCAAGCUCAGUGGCCCCUCACCCCUCUCUAUUCUCUCCACAGCUGAUCUCUCUGACCAUUAGUGUGGUACAGGAGGGCAGACGCUGAAGGCCGAAGCUGAUAAAGAGAGGCACAGGGUGGGGUGAAGGACAGCCUGGCAUCCAGGGUGCUGGGGGUUUGGCUUGCAAUCUGGCCUCUGAUACCCAGUUCAGAGGAAGUUUGCAGAGCUGAGAGGUGAGGGAUGCUGUAGCCCUGAGUCCUCAAGGUCCCAAUCCUAGAGCAGGCCAGGCCUGGCAACAAGAGCUGCCGUGGAAACCCAGCUCCCAUCUGCAGGCCCCCAAACCCCCUCAGCUGUUCACUCCAGCGGGGCUCCCUCACUGCACAGAAUCCCUUUCUGGGUGGUUCUUGCUGGCUGCAUGGAUAACCAAGACCCAAAGAGCCUGACAGAGAUUCAGCUGACUGGGAACACACAGGAACAGCACUGCGGGCAUAGUCCCAGGCUUCAGAGGCCACCUUGGCACUACUGGGAGCUGCGGUGACUUGGCAAGCACCAGAGCCUGCAGUUGGAGCUGGCCUGUCUCCGAGCGUGGUUUAGGCGGGUUGGGAAACCAUUCCCCCACUUGUGGCUUCACUGGUCCUUUGGGAUUUCUUUUUUUGGCAUUGCCUCAGUAACCCUUGCAGAGGGUCAAAGCAGCACAAGAAUGAAUGUGCCUUCACCAGCACGUGGGUUCACCUUUCAGGGUGUAAGCUGGCCAUGCCUCCCAGACAGCAUACCCAGUUCCAUGGAGGUGUCAGGCUCACCACGAACUGAAGAAAAGAUCCUGUCCCUACCCCUGGAGUGCUGUCAGCUAGCCUCAGAGUGCUUAAGAAGAUGGACAGUUUUCCUGGCAGGCUCUAUUCAGGGUGGGAGGCUCAGCUGUGAUGGGGCACUGACGUCUGUAGAAAGCCUUCCGUGUGAGCUGGACGUAGACAGAACAGUACUUGGGUCUCCCCCUUCUCACCCCCGAGUCUGCCAGGAUGCAUUUCCAAAAUUGGGGUGAAUUUUCUUAUUUAUUAUCGCCUCUUCAUCCUAUUUCAUUGUGCGUAGAAGAGAUCCCAGCAACCAAGAACCAGCCUCCAGAAGCCAAGACCAAGCCUGACUCUCCUUCAGCUUCCCCUUUGCUUCCAGAAGAAAAUUCAUUGAAAAAAAUACCUUCUGGCUUCUUGUUUAUACAGGGGCCAGAACUCAGUGGGAAAAUGGAGAUAUUUUAUGCACCCAAACUGCUUAUGGAGCAGAAAGUAGCAGGGCUCUUGGUGUUUCAUGCUGCCUUAUUUAUAUUAAAGAAAGAAUUCUUGCAAGGAGUAGUAACUGGUCACGUGCUUGUUUUUAACUUCAGGAAAUCGGUGAGGUUCCUGAGGGAGGUAAAUUUCCUAUUGACGAGCAGAAGCUUUCACUCUUUUUUAUCCUUAUGCUUUCAGGAAACUUUUAAAAAAUAGCAAAAUAGAACAUUUCUAGCCCAUCUUUGAGGCAGCCUGGAGAGUUCCAGAAAGGUCCUCUGAAAGCCGGCUCUAGGGUGGAGUCCAGCACCUUGUUUGAUAGAGUUUGGUGUGUGCCAAAAAAUGUGGGAGCUGGAAGUAAUGUGAAGCUUUUGGUUUUCUAGAAAAGAGCCUGUCUUUUAAAUGGAAGCGUUUUAGUCCUUCAGGGCACUUAGGCCUUUCCACUAUGGACAACCCAGCCGUCUUUCUCCGAGGUACCUCUUUUCCUUCCCAAGGUCGCGUGGCUUUUACCCAGCAUCUGCUCACUUGCUGUGCAGAACGUUCUAGGACUGCAUUGUGCUGAGCCUCUUGACAAGGCUGAAACGAGUAGUGUGGCCCAAGGCCAAGAGGUUGGUUAGGUUGGGAAGGGUCUUGCAUCCUCAAAAGCCCCAGCCCCUUUCUGCCUUGCUAAAGCACAGCCCGGGUUGAGAACCUGAGGCCGGCACUUUGGUUCAUAAUCAAGGGUGUCAUCAGAAUUACCUGGAGAGCUUGAUCAAAUGCCCACACCCCACGUUGAACCUACAUGGCACCCAGGUAAGGCUCUACUUCUAAACUAAAGCUCCCUCAAGUGACUGAUGACAUCCCUAGUUGACGAU